AAGCUGAAAAUAAACGACAGGAAUUGCUUGAAUCCGGAAAGUUUAUAAUUAAAAAUAUGCAUCCUCAUUCUAAAACACACAGCAAAUUAUUAAAUUCUACAAUAGAAUUGAUGCUUUCAAGUUUAUUUAAAAGUUCUGAAUCUUUUACAUCAGGCACUACAGAUUCUUCUUCUCAAAAUAUUAGCAUUGUUUCAUUGGAUCUUACUUCCGAACUCUUAAAAAAUUCUAACAAUCUAAAUUCAUCGACUAACUUGCCACCGUCAACUUUAAAAAAACACACUAUUGAAGAUAAAAAUGAUGAUU